AUGUCUACGGAAAAUCUUCCUCAAACAGUUGUUCGUCGAACAGUAGUCGAACGUGGUUAUCGAAGUGCUGCUGAUAGUGCAGUUGGUGGUCGUGCUGGUACAGAUGCAUUGCGUAAUUUAACUCUUCAACAUCAAGCUGAAAAAGAUGAAAUGCAACAUCUUAACACUAAAUUCGGAGCCUAUCUUGAGCGGGUCAAAAUUCUUGAAGCGCAAAAUCAUAAAUUACAAGGAACGCUUAAUGAGCUUAAAACAAAAUGGGGUUUCGAUUCUGGCAAAGUUAAAGUUCAAUAUGAUCAAGAAUUAGUUUCAUUAAGAAAACAAAUCGAUGAAGUUACACGUGAAAAGGCGUUAGCUGAACUACGUGCUAAACGUGCGGAAUAUGAUGCGUCAUUAAUAAAACAUCAAACUGAUUUUGCUCAUGAAUUGGUUACUUUGGAUCGUAAUCGUUUCACUAUGCUUAAGCAACAACUUGAAGGCAGUGGUUCAGAAUUAGAUUCGCUACGAAGUCGUCAUGAAGAUAAAAAGCAAGAGAUCGAUCGUAGUAGAACUGAAGUUGGUCGACUUUUGGGACAAUUAGAAGCUUUAAAAAAUGAGUUCGAUCAAGAAUCCAUGGGACGUGUUAUGAUACAAAACGAAUUGCAAACUUUAGAAGAACAAUUAGCUUUUAUGAGAGCUGUUCAUGAAGAAGAACGUAAUGAAUUAUUAUCACUUGGUACCUUACCUAUUGAUGUUAGUCAAUUCUAUCGAACUGAAUUAACACGUGCUAUUGCUGAUAUCAAGAGUGAUUUCGAAGCACUUUCAAUAGCUCAACGAAAGGAAUUAGAAGAAUAUUAUAAAAUUAAAACCGAAGAAAUUCGCCAACAGGCAGCUGAACAAAAACGUAAAAUUGAAGAAGCUCGUCGUACAGGUGCUGUGGAUGUUAUGGAUUUAACAUCAUUGAAAAGUUUAUUAUCGGAAAAUCGUGAUUCUUAUCUUUUAUUACAAAAAGAUCAUUCAGAUUUAUCGAAUCUUCUUCGACAAUUAGAAGAAGAUUAUGAACGAAUUUCCAGCGAACACAGCCGAGCACAAGGUGAACGUGAACGAGCACUAGCUGAAUUACGUGCUCAAGCUGAACAACGUGAACAAGCCAUUGCUGCCGUACUUGAAAACAAUGUUUCGCUUAGAUUUGAAAUUAAUACUUAUAGACGAUUACUCGAAGUUGAAGAAGGUCGUAUUAAUGUUAACGUUGUCACUGUUACUCCUGAAGUAACAACCAAAAAAAUGACCGUACAAAAAUCAGCACGAGGCCCUGUUGCCAUUGAUCAGGUAGAUCCACAAGGUACUUUUAUUGUCGUCGAGAAUGCUGGUUCAACAGGCAAAGACCAAGAACUGAAGGGUUGGACGUUACGACGAAAAGUUGAUGCCAAUAACGAGAUUGUUUAUAGAUUUCCGGAUAACUUUGUACUUAGAUCACGAUCACGUGUGCGCAUAUUAGCUCGUAUAGCAAGUAAAACUGCAGCUGAUAGAGAUGUAUUAGUAGCUGACGGUAUUCAAACCUGGGGUAUCGGCACAAUCAUGAUUACACGUCUGUAUGAUUCAAAUGGAGAAGAAAAGGCUUUAUUCAGCCAGAAAUUCCAAUAA